UUCAUUUGUUUUCUUAUCGAUUAGUCCGUCUGAGGCUGCUCCCCAGCCUGAUCCCCACCGGGGAUUUUCCGACUUUAGUCACAGACUUGCCUUCACACCCCUCGGCCACACCUGCGGGGUCAAAGUUUGGAUCGCGUCAGGUAGGGAGUGCAGCGCGCGUGUCCUUAUUUAGAGAAGGCGUGCGGCGCGUCACCGCUCGCUGACUCGUUCUCGCGCGGCCACGACUUUGACGUUUGAAGUGCGUGCGGCUUCAUUCAAUCGCCUCACGCUAAUGGAAUAGAAGACGGCGAUGGAGCUCUCCUGGGGACGCGUUUUCUUCACUCUGAUAGUCAUCACUGACAGAAUCCUUCCCUCGCGGUCCUUCAACGUUGGUACUGCAGGUGCCAAGAUCUUCAGCGGGCCGGCAGCUACGGAGUUUGGCUACACGGUCAAACAAGUAUCAAACCACGAGGGCAAAUGGCUCCUGGUCAGUGCCCCAUGGAGUGGUUUCAGUCCAAACAGGACGGGGGAUGUUUACAAGUGUCAAGUCGCAGGCUCCAGAAACAGCUGCGAUAAACUCAAUCUCCAAGAUUCUGUGAGUAUGCCCGAUGUUAAAAAUGUCCACGACCAGAUGUGCCUGGGUUUGACACUCACCCGGAUGCCUGCUGACAAUAGUUUGAUGUGUGGUCCUCUGUGGGGACAACGCUGUGGAGAUCAGAUCUUCUACCCAGGAAUAUGUGCCAAAAUGAACAGCCUCUUUCAACCUCAGGCCGCCUUCUCUCCGGCUGUCCAGUCAUGCGGAGGGCCGAUGGACAUCGUGAUCGUUCUGGACGGUUCCAACAGCAUUUACCCCUGGGCUCCAAUGAACGAGUUCCUCCGGAAAUUGAUACCUGCCCUCGACAUCGGGCCCAAAAAUACGCAGGUCAGCGUCAUUCAGUACGGAAUUGUUUCGAAGUUUGAACUCAAGCUCAAUGAGUAUAAAACCAAAGAGGAGGUAAUGCGAGCUGCGUCCAAAAUCGAACAAAUGUACGGUACUUCUACCAACACCUUCCAUGCCAUCGAAUUUGCCAGUCGGUCGGGUUUCGAUGAAAGCAACGGCGGCCGACCAGGCGCCGCCAAGGUGAUGGUGGUGGUCACUGACGGGGAGUCUCAUGACGUGGCGAUGAGAGAAAAAGUACUCGCCUACUGCGAGAAGCAAGGCAUCACCCGCUUCGGUAUCGCUCUCCUGGGUUAUUACACCAGAAACAACAUUGAGACAGACGGCUUGAUUAAAGAAAUCAAGUCCAUCGCCAGCGUACCCAAUGAGAAGUACUUCUUCAAUGUGUCGGAGGAGGCGGCGCUCUCCACCAUCGCUGGAACAUUGGGAAACCGCAUCUUCAACAUAGAAGGCACCGGGAAAGGGGGCGACAACUUUAAGAUGGAGAUGUCCCAGGUCGGGUUCAGCGCUCAUUACUCAGAGGGUGUGACGAUGCUCGGAGCACCGGGGGCCUACGGCUGGAGCGGGACUGUUGUCCAUCAAAAGGGCUCAAAAGCAGAAAUUCUCCCCUUCUCCGCCUUUGAGAGAACACUUCAAGACAAAAACCACAGCUCACUGUUGGGUUAUUCUGUCACCACACUGAGUGACGGGUCCAUAGAAUACUUUGUGGCUGGCGCGCCUCGCUCCAACCACUCCGGACAAGUUAUCGUCUACACCGUCAUCGGUGAGAAUACAACUACUAUCAUCGACUCAGAGCGAGGGAAACAGAUUGGGUCCUACUUUGGAAGCGUCCUGUGCCCCCUGGACGUGGACAGAGACUCUGUGACGGACCUUCUGCUCGUUGGUGCCCCCAUGUACAUGAGCGAUCAGAAAAGAGAGGAAGGCAGGGUUUACCUCUUCUCCGUCACCAAGGGUAUACUGAACGAGCAAGGAUUCCUCAUUGGUCCGCCCUCGACUGAGGAUGCGCGCUUCGGGAUGGCCAUUUCUGCUGUUCCCGAUCUGGACCUCGAUGGUUACAACGACAUUGUGGUUGGAGCUCCACUAGAGGACAAAGGGAAAGGUGUCAUCUACAUCUACAACGGGGAGAACAAGGCUUUAAACAAACAGUUCUCACAGAAAAUCUUUGGCUCCAAACUGGAUCCUCAGUUGCAGUAUUUUGGAAGGUCCAUAGAUAGUUUCACAGACCUGAAUGACGACACGCUCCCUGACAUCUCCAUUGGCGCUUAUGGCAAAGUGGUGCAGCUCUGGUCCCGAGGUGUGGCGUCCGUCUCGGCUGAAGCUUCUUUCAACCCCGACAAAAUCAACAUUGUCAACAAACCUUGUGACAUUAAGGGACAGAAGCUCACUUGUUUCAACACCAACCUCUGUUUCCGGGCUGCAUUCAGGCCUACGAACCCUGUUGGACCAAUCGAUAUAUCCUACACUUUAACUCUGGACGCUGACCUGCAGGCAUCACGAGUUACCUCCAGAGGACUGUUCACUAAAAACAACGAACGUUUCCUCACAGAAAAGGCUAAAAUAUUAUCUACGCCCCUGUGUCUGGACUACCAGGUGUAUGUUCAGGAGGCGCCGGACUUUGUCAACUCCCUCAGUCUCAAAGUAGAGAUCGAGCAGCAGAAUGCAGAUGUGAACCCCGUCCUUGAUACAUCUUCUCCAAGUGCCUGGGAGUUCUUUGUGCCUUUCACAACAGACUGCGGCUCCGACAACGUGUGUGUCAGUGACCUGGUGCUGAGCGCGAAGACAGACACCAAAGCUUCUAGCUCGUCUCCCGCGCUGGUCAGUGGCAACAACCAGGCGCUGUCGUUUGAAGUGGUCGUGAAGAACAAAAAGGAGAACGCGUACAACACCCAGGUCACGGCGACCUACUCCAAGAACCUCUUCUACUCCUCCAUUUCCCCCCCUACGGGCGAAGUCAAAUGCACCUCAACACAAACACAAACCGUCACCUGCCAAGUGGGGUACCCAGCGCUGAAAACCCACCAACAAAUGACAUUUCAGAUGAAUUUUGAUUACAAUCUUGACGAGCUGCACAACCGAGCCGAGGUGAAAUUCGAGGCCAAGAGUGAUGGUAAAGAGGAAAGGCCUGCAGACAACACAGUGGACAUAUCCUUGCCUGUGCGAUACGAUGCUGGGGUAAUUCUAUCAAGGCAGUCAAAUAUCAAUUUCUACGUAGCGGAUGUCGUCCUUCCCGCGGUAACAACGGUGAAGAGUCUUGAUGAUAUCGGCCCAGAGUUUAACUUCACAGUGAAGGUUUCCACGAGCUACUUCCCCGUCAGCCUCCUGUACCUCACCAUCGCUCUGCCAGUGACCACCAAAGGUGGAAAUCAGCUCCUCUAUGUCACCAGUGUGGACACACCGCCAGGAGGUGCGGUCACCUGCGACUCCAGCGGCCUAGUGGAUCCUCUGCAGAUCGGAGUGAAGAGCUACGAGGCGUCCUUCUCCGAGGAGAGCCUCAGAGGCACGGAGAGUCUGAACUGCAAGAGUGCAAAAUGCGAGUACAUAAAAUGCAUCUCCAAAGACGUGGAAAUCAAAAGCGACUAUUUUGUGAAAGUGAAAACGAGGAUCUGGAGCGGCACAUUUCUUUCGGCCUCCUAUCAGACCAUCGAGCUGACCUCCGACGUGGACGUCGAGACCUCAGACCCCGACCUGCUGGUCAUCGGCCUCAAGCGGCUUCCGGUGGUGGUGACCAUCAGCAAACCCGGGGUGACGGGCGACGUUCCGGUGGGGGUGAUAGUCGGCAGCGUCGUCGCUGGACUGCUGCUGUUGGCUCUGGCCGUCGGCCUGCUGUGGAAGUUUGGCUUUUUCAAGAGGAAGUACCAGCAGCUCCAGAUGGAGGAAGCUGAAGACACGCAGAGCCACGCGCAUGUAAACGAGGUGCUGUGAUCCGAGGAGCAAACCCCCCCCCCCCAGCGAGGGACACUGGCAGCACAUCACCAGCUUUCUAAGUGCUUCUGGACCACCUUUCAAUCACUGGAGGCCAUUUUUCAUGAAAUGGUUCAGAUUGUGGAUAUCUUGGGAUUCAAUCUUUUUUAUCUUUAUUAUUGGGCUGUCUUUUUUAAGCUUUGUGGACUGCACACUGACUUUGUACAAUGUGAAAGCACAACUUUUUCCGGGUCCAGUUGAUCUGGAGGUUUACACUGUAAUGGGAUCUAAUUAGAAUAUUAAGAGCACUGCCUUUUGCUUUGUAACAUACGGGGCAACAUGGUCGAGACAUAACAGCUUCUAAUAAGGAUAGUGUAAUAAGCACUCGUGUUUGUACUGUACAUACUGUAAGAUAAAGUUAACAGUGUUAAUGUCGGCCUUUAUCUUCACCAAAAGAUGAGGUCAUUGGAGUGGCUACUUGUGUUGUUGAUUAAUUGAGAUAUCUUGUGCUUGUUUUUUACCACUGCGGGCCCAACUUGUCAGGUAUAAAUAUUUCAUAUUGUGUUUUUAUUAUCUGCAGAUUAUUUUCUUGGUUAAUUAAAUUUAAAAAAAAAUGUU